ACAUAUGCAUGAAGUUUUUCGUCUUGAUAUUGAAACUUAAUAUUUCCAGGCUGAAAAGUAUACAGACGUUCGAUGAACACGUUACGUUCUAUCGAUUCGAUAUUCGAUAAAGGACUCCUAAUUCAAUUGACCACAUCAACAAAUCCAAAGCAUGGUAAUCUAGUCGUUAGUUCGUUCCUGCUUCUCGUUCGGUUUAAACGCUUUGGCGGCUCUAGCGCAUGUGGACUCUCGCACGAGAUACGAAUAUUCACACGAACUCGAAACGAAAGCAGUUUGAGAUCACCGAAACUUCUUGACAUGUCGUAGACUUUUAAUAAUUGGAUUACUUGUUUGGAAUUAUUUUGGAUAAAACUGCUCUUAGAAUGAGUAUUCGCGAGCCGGACAAUUGAUAUGAUAUUUCAAUGGGUUUGUGCGAGUUUGCAGAUUUUUGAGUGCAGUUUUUGAGGAUAGUUAUGUAAAUGUUCAAAGUGUAUAUAUAGUUACCGGCUUUUGCAGCAUGUACGUCAAACAAGUCGUGAUAAGGUUGACAGCGCUAUUGUGUUUAGCGUCGAAAUGUUUCUCACAUGACACGAUUUCAACCUCAAAAAGGCCACUUCGUCCCGCAAAAUACCCUCAGAAGGUUCAUGCCCUAUUUGAGAGCAAAUAUGGAAAAAAUUUGAAUCAUAAUGGCGUUUGGUCAGCAUGGGGUGCAUGGUCUGAGUGCUCCAGAACUUGCGGAGGAGGAAUAAUGACUCAAACUAGAUAUUGUAUUCACAGACCUUCAGAUAGCAGAUUUUUCAAGAAACAACAAAAACGUUAUCAGAACAUUACCAGUGGGUGCAUAGGAUUGUACAAGAGGAUUCAUCUAUGCAACUUACAGGAAUGCCCGUUCGGUACACCAGACUCCAGACGUGAGCAAUGCUCUUCUUUCAAUAUGAAGAAAUAUAAGGGCAAAUUUUAUGAUUGGGAACCUUUUUUAGGAGUGGAAGCGGAAUGUGCUUUAAACUGCCGACCAGCCGGAAUGAAUUUUUAUGCUACCCUCAAUAAGACUGUAAUAGAUGGUACUCCAUGCAGCAGACCUAUUUCAUCAACGGGUAAGCCUGCGCCGCAUGGAACUAGAGGAGUUUGUGUUUCAGGUGAAUGUAAGUCUGUGGAUUCUCGAGGCGUAGUUGGCAGUGCAGAUGAAACCUCGUCAGAAUGCCCAGCCUGCUCGAGGGGUCCCUGUAGGAGCAUCAAUGGCAUUUACUCACGUUCGAACCUACAACCUGGUUAUUCUAUGAUAGCAAAAAUGCCCAAGGGAGCAUGUAGAAUCAUCGUGCAGCAACUUGAGCAUUCCAGAAAUUUCAUAGCGCUGAAGGAGGUGAAUAGUACUUUCAUCAUAAAUGGCGACUGGAAAUUUUCUACGACGAGCCGUUUCUUUGCUGGGGCAGGAACUAGAUUCGCUUACAUAAAACAGGACAGUGUUUCACUGGAAACCAUAACGGCGCAAGGACCUCUCGGAAAUCCCAUCGAAAUCUAUUUGGUGUCAUAUCAACCCAAUGUUGAACUAAAGUAUGGAUACCUCUUACCGAACGACAUCGAAAAACAGAUAGCACCACCAUCAACGAGGGUACUAAAUCGUUUUGCACGACCUCACGAUGAAGAAAAGAUCGUACCUCAUUCAAUACUUCAGCCGAAUUCUCACAAUAAAGAAUUGGACGGCUCCUUACAUUCCAGUCAACAAGAUGAGCCAAAAUCAUUGACCAACUAUCAUCAUAGACAGAGGAGAGUGAGAAAAAGGUUUUCGUGGAAAAUCAAUGGUAUAUCAGCGUGUUCCAAAUCAUGCGGUGGAGGAAUCCAAACAACUGUAGUAAGUUGCGUACGAGAACUCACCCAAACCCCUGUACCAGACAGAAGGUGCGCACACUUAGAGAAACCAAAUUCAAACCCAAUCAGAUGCAACAUCCAAGACUGUCCUCCACGAUGGAGCGGUUCUUGGAGUUCGUGCAGUGUUUCAUGUGGAUCCGGUAUUCAACAAUAUGUCAGUCAGUGCAAACAAGAACUGAAUACUAGAAGAGAGGUGAUAGUUGACGAUGUUCAGUGUUCUGGUAGACCCAGACCUCUAUUGAAAACCAAGUCUUGCACUCAGGUUGAUUGCGAUUUGAUCAACAAUGAAGUUCCAAAAAAUAAAAACUUCAAAAGCAACCAGAUAGAAAGAGAUUGGUUAGUUGGUGAUUGGUCAACUUGUUCAGUAACAUGUGGCACAGGGCAUCGUUCGAGAUCGGUUUCGUGUCCGUCAGGCCAUUGUCCUCCACAAAUAAAACCUCCACAUGCCGAAUAUUGCACUCUUCCAAGCUGCAGCUCUAUAUCACGAUCGCCGAAACCAACAGAGACAUCAGAAAUAUCUCCUUGGUUAGUCACGGAAUGGUCCAAGUGUUCCGAAGUCUGCGGGACAGGAAUUCAGAGUCGAUAUGCCGUUUGUGGAAGAAAUACUUGUGACGUUAGUUCCAAACCUGACUCAACCCGUGAUUGUUCCAGCGAAAAACAGUGUGGAGGGCACUGGUUCACUGGAGCUUGGGGAGAAUGUCCAGAGUCCUGCUCUGGUCAAUCACAUCAGAUUCGAGAAGUUAUAUGUGUUGUUAAGCAGAGAGGACAAUUCCAAAUCGUCAAUGAGAUGACAUGCCCUAAUCAUCUGAAACCACUCAGUAAACGAGCAUGUGAUGGCAAAUGCGACCCAUAUUGGUUUAGUGGCGACUGGGGAAAUUGCGAAAACUGUCCGAAUGGAAUACAAAGAAGAGUUGUGAGAUGCAUGGAUGCGAACGGUAUUCCUUCCAGUAGAUGUCAGGAUUCCAAUACACCCCCUUCGAAAAGAUCGUGUAACUGUCAGAAAAAAAAAGACAAAGAUACAUAUAAGCCUCCACAAGACCAGCCAAUCGAUCAAACUUGCACUGACAAAAUCAGAAACUGCUAUCUUGCUGUUCAAGCUAGACUCUGCCAGUAUCCCUACUAUAAAAGUCAAUGUUGUACAGCCUGCCGUAAAACACCGCUGGAUCAUGUCUGACAUCAAAGUGUAAUGGGAAGGACUGACUUAAUUAAUGGUGUUUCGGACCUGAAAUAUCAGAAUGUUUAUCUAGUGCAUUGUGUGUUCAGAAAUAUCACCGAAUGGAAUAAUAUAUAUUCAUUUAUUUGUAUUUCAGAAGACAAUACUGUUUCAGUUAUCGAGUAAUCAAAUCGGAUAUUGCUUCUUGGAAUUUAUCUUGAUACUUUGGAUUGAUUCGAAGGUUCAGGUAGAUGUGAAAAUAGCAGAUAGUUUUAUAAUAUAAAAAAUUCCCAGUAAGCGUAUUAAGUCUGUGAUUUAUCCUUUUAGUAUAUUAUGUUACUUCCACAUGAAAAUAAACGAAUGCAUUCAUGAUUUCAAGUCACACAUUGCUAUUUAAGCAUAGACUGCACACUUGCCAAAUUGAGUUAAGCAAAGAAUAUCUAUUAUGUAACUCCUUCGAAAAUGACUUAGCAGAUCACGAAAUGAGUAUAAUGUUUAGUAUUAAUAUUUAUUCGAAAACUCAUUAUAUUGUUCAAGAAUA